AUGGACGUAGAGUUAGGAAGGAAAGUUGACUCAGUUGAUGAGUCACCUUUACUCGAAAUUAAAGAACAUCUAGACUCACCCCAUCUUGCUUUUGAAGGACAGAACCAAUUUGGAGUUUACCAAAUUGAUGAUGUUACCCUAUCUGAGCUAGAACAGCAAAUAAAUUUUGUAGAUAGCCAAACCUUGGAAAAUAAGUAUCCUAGCCCUGAUAGCUUUACCCAAAAUUAUGAUGCUACUGUUGGAUCACGCCGAGGCAGAGCGAAAUUUAGGCUAAACCAAGCUUUCACGGGAAAUAGCAAAUUGGCCACUGACCUGAACGGAAAGAUAGACUUAAUCUUUAGUGAGCUGACGAGGAAGUUCGACACUUUGAGUGAACACAUUAAGAGACUGGACAGUUGGGUCGCGGAAAACGCAAUCGCCAUCAAAAGAGAGACAGGACGUCUCCCUGGGCGGGCUGACGCGAACCCAAAACGUCAAGUUAAUGUCGUGUUAUUGAGAAGCGGAAAACGCCUCAUUCCGAGCACAAUAGAAAUCAACAACACAGAGAAACAUGUUGUAGUUGAGGAAGCCGGUGAAAAUAGGUCGCGCCCUAUAAUCCUCGAUGAUCCCAACACCGAGUCAGAAAUACCUCGAGAGAAAGAGCGACCCAACACUGAGAAAGAGGCCAUCGACCUUGAGGAGGAAGAGGGAGAAUUGGGAGAAGAUGUCGAAAUCGAUCGACAAGAAAGAACGAACAAUGUCUAUCGACUCUCGACUCCUGUUGAACCCACUAUAGAAAGAGUGUAUAGGACUCUACCACCCUUCCCUCCUAACAAAACUCAGACUAAGCGAGAGCUAGAUAAAGCGAUCUGCAAGAAAGCAUUCGAUAAGAUCAUUUUGGAAAUGCCAUUGAGUGAUGCAAUAAAAGUUUCACCUUCAAUAAAAAAAUAUGCAAAAGAUAUGGUAUCCAACAGUUUUCCAGCCGCUGAGCGCAGCGUCAUGAUGGUUUCAGAGGAAGUAAGUGCAAUAAUCCAAGGCGAGAUCCCAAUCAAGAGACCCGAUCAGGGCAGUUUUGUUUUGAAUUGCAAUAUACGGAACAAAAAAUUAUCUCGAUCCCUUUGUGACCUAGGUUCCAGCGUGAACCUCAUGCCACAUUCUGUCGCAACAGCCUUAGGAUACGACAAGUUCAAACCUACCAACAUAACUUUGGUUCUGGCCGAUAGAUCCAUUAGAUUACCUGAGGGAGUGCUUGACGACGUGCCAAUAAGAAUUAACGGCUGUCGCGUUCCAACAGAUUUCGUGGCACUGAAAUACCAGAAUGAACCAAAGGACCCCCUUAUUUUGGGUAGACCAUUCCUAGCUACUGCAGGUGCGAUCUACUGUGUCAAAGAGGGUAGGAUAUGUCUAAACAUUGGAAGCAUUCCGAUGACUUUCAACAUGGAUAACCUGAUAAGAUGA